AUGAAAGAUUUUGCAAAGAAACUAGAUGACGUUGCAGAUAUUGUUGAACCUAUAGUUUGCACAGCGGAAAAAUUAACUGCGACAAACGGAGAAGCUAUAUCAACAGUUCCAUUCGCAAAAUUUGUUCCUUUAAUUUCCGAAAUUGGAAAUGUGCUUAAUGAAAUCGUUGAAAUCGUACAAGCUGCCGAGCACAAUAAACGAACUUGCAAAGCAUUAUUACAACGAGUUCGUGCGGCAGGAUUGGCUGUAUUUGAUCUUAAAAUUCGAAGAGAUGAGAAUAAAGAAUUCUUCGUUAAUAGGAAUUAUUUGUAUUUACAAAAUUUGGUUAAUGUUGUAAUAAAUAUUAAAAAAUUCGUGAAAGAAAUUUCUCAAAUGAAUACUUUGAUAAAGUAUCUCAAGGCAAAAGGUGUUGAGAAAACUUUUAAGAGAUUAUGUAGAGAAUUUGAUAGUUGGAUAAAUUUAUUGAGUUUUACCAUAUUGUUUAAAGAAAAAAUUCGUGUUGAGGACGAAGCUGAACAAUUAAAAUCUGAUCAAGAAGAUUUAAAUAAAUAUCUGACCGAAAUGGGAGUUAACGUCAAAGAAUUUGGAACUGACGUCAAGGAAUUUACAGGAGAGUUGUCGUCAUUGGUUUUAAAAAUCAAUACAAUGAAUAAUAAGAUGGAAAAAAUCCUGGACGAACAAAAUAAAAUUGAUAAAAUUUUCACGGGAAGUCACUCACUAGAAUUCAAAGAUUUUAAAGAAACCAAUGAACAGCGUAAUUAUGGUCUUAUUACUCGAUACCUUGAUAUUAAAAAUGAGGCUCGAGAAUUUGCAUUUAAGAACAUCUCUUUU